AUGGAUGGACGGGUUCUGGAAGCAGCCGUAACUGGCGAUGCUAGAUUAAUGAAGGACCUUGAUUCUCACAAUCCAUGGGUGCUUCUUGGAACCACUCAGCAGGGUAACACCUGCCUCCACAUCGCCUCCAUCGAUGGCCACCAGGGAUUCUGCAAGGAUGUCCUGACGCUCAGCCAGUCCCUUCCUCUACUCAACGCCAUCAAUGCCAAUGACGAGACGCCGCUGCUCACCGCCGUGGCUAGGGGCCAUGCCACUUUAGCUUCUGUUUUACUUAGGUUCUGCUGUGAUCAGCAGCUGAGCGAGACGAUCCUGAAGCAAGACAAGCGUGGAUUCAACGCACUGCACCAUGCCAUCUUCAGGGGAUAUAGGAAGCUCGCACUGGAGCUGAUAGAAGCAGAGCCCGCCUUAUCGAAAGCUGUGAACAAAUGUUACGAGUCACCCAUGUUCAUCGCGGUAACGAGAGAUUAUGGGGACGUCUUGGAGAAGCUGUUGCAGAUUCCUGAUGCGGCUCAUGGGGGACCCCAUGGGUGCAACGCUCUACAUGCUGCCGUGACAAGUGGUAAUGCAGAUGGUGAUGGUGCUCCUCUUCUUUGUAUCGCAGCAUCUGAGGGCAAUGUUGGUGUUGCUCGAGAGCUUCUUAGACAUUGUCCUGAUCCUCCCUACUUCGACGCAAUGGGUUCGACAUGUCUUCACAUAGCUAUAUCAUUUGGUCAGGAAGAUUUUGUGAGGUUUGUCGCGAGAUCUCCACAACUUCAGCAUCUUAUUAACCUGCCCAAUGACACAGGAGAAACCGCUCUGCAACUCGCAGCCAGAAUAAUGCCAGCAGGUGACGAACGAAAAAGACAAACAAUGAUGAGCAUGGUCGCUGUUUUACAGUUGUACCUUAGUAAUCUAAGUAUCCACGCAGAGUUCACUUCGGGAAACACAUGCCUCCACAUCGCCGCCAUCCAUGGCCACGAAGUGUUCUGUAAGGAGGUCCAGGCUCUGAACCCGUCACUCCUCACUGCCAUCAACUCGGACGGCGAGACCCCUCUGCUUGCCGCCGUGGCGAGUGGAUGUCUCUCUGUAGCUUCUGUUUUGCUCAGGUGCUGUCGUGAUCAGCAGCUGAGUGGGGCGAUCCUGAAGCAAGACAAGCGUGGAUGCAAUGCGCUGCACCACGCCAUACGCAACGGACACAGGAAGCUCGCGCUGGAGCUGAUACAAGCAGAGCCUGCCCUGUCGCAUUAUGUGAACCAGUACGCCAUCGCUAAAAAGAUUAUGGAGGCACGUCAUUGGCUUGCCAGAGAAGAAGACAAGAGUAGCAACACUCCAAUGCAUCUGGCUGUAUGUUGGCACAAGAGUGACGUGCUAAGUGUAUUGUUGGAACACGAUCGGUCUUUAGGGUACCAAGUCUCGACAUUAGGUAACCCUCUUCUUGUUUCUGCCGCAUAUCGUGGCCAUGUUGAUGUUGCUCGGGAGCUUCUUAAACAUUGUCCAGAUGCUCCAUGUUACAAUACAAGAGGCUCGACAUGUCUGCACAUAGCUGUACAGUCUCAACAGACGGAGUUCGUAAAGUUUGUGCUGGGUUUGCCACAGCUUCAGAAACUCGUUAACAUGCGAGAUGAAAAUGGAGACACUGCUCUGCAUGUCGCAGUCCAGAAGUGCGAUCCAAAGAUGGUGGCUGCUUUAUUGCUUCACCGAGACAUUCUAACAACAAUGGUUGCCCAAUAA